CAGCCCAGCCCCGGGGAGCCCGGCGCGCCAGGCCAGCGGCGAGAUGAGCUUCUUCGGCUUCGGGCAGAGCGUGGAGGUGGAGAUCGUGCUCAACGAUGCGGAGAGUAGGAAGCGGGCGGAGCACAAGACGGAGGACGAGAAGAAGGAGAAAUAUUUCCUCUUCUACGACGGCGAGACGGUCUCCGGGAAGGUGAGCCUCGCGCUCAAGCACCCCAACAAGCGGCUGGAGCACCAGGGCAUCAAGAUCGAGUUCAUCGGGCAGAUCGAGAAUGAAAUCAGGUGGAAGACCAGCUGAUCCCGCAGAAUGAGUGUGGCCUUUUAUGUAUCGGAGAUAGGUCAAAAGAAUGAGUUUCAUACCCUCUGCUCUCCGGCUUCUAGCUUAGAUAGGAUUUCU